CUGACUCGCUGAGGAAGAAGAAGGCGGCAUGAAGGAGGAGGAAAUACCGGUGAAUAACCAUGAGUCAGGCAGCGGACACAGUUAGGUAGCAAGUUUAAUCUUAAAUACUUUCAAACUAGUGACUGUCAUCUCUUGUCUCCCACUAAUGGCGGAUUUUGGCGGGAAUGGUGGCCGCCAAACUGAAGAACAUGACGAGACAAACAGCAGAAAUGUCCCUGAGCCUGUGUGCGGGACAGGUGACCCCGCGGUGACGGUCCCUCGGGAGCUCUGGUCCUCAAAUCACGACCAUAAGAAAAAAAUUGUCCUGCAUGUCGACCUCAACAACACGAUACUGGUGUCGGACGCCGUGACGGGCCAGGGGACAGUUGCUGCUCUGGACUAUUUCCUCACAACCGUCACCUGGGGGAAAAUGAGCAAACAUGGAAAAUGGGAAUGGUUGAGUGACUCGCCCUCCCUGCUCCCACCGUGCAAGGAUGCUGUCAGUUACUACUCUCAGUUUGGACGGAUACCUGGCUUCACCUCAGCUGUAGGACGACGUUUCCGCGGACUUCUGGAUGCACAUCUGGAUCUGCUUCGCUGGCCGGAGGGUGUCAAGGAACACAAAGAGCUGUCUGUAAAAGGAGAGGAUGGACGACUGUACCACUGGAUCCUCCCCUCUUUCUUCCAGCUCCUCAAAGACCUGGUGCAGGAAGGACGGGAAUUUGCCAUCCUGUUUCGUACGUUUGGGACGGACCUACCUCGUGUGCUGAGAGCUGUACACAGAGCACUUAAUGAAGGGGCUCAUCCACUGUUCCCUGAUCUGCCUGAUCUGAAGUUAAGUGUGAAUAUGACUCCAGGCAAGAUCCGCUGCAGCAAGAGGGGAAUCGUCCUGAGUCGAGCUGAGGACCGCGUGACGACUCGAGAAGGAGAGAGAGGACUUUAUCAGUACUUGAGCUCAGUCCAGGGCCUGGGAGGGUUUCAGGACCACUUUGACUGGUGGGCCAGUAAUACGUUCUCCAUCCAGGGGGGGAAGCCGUUGUGGGUCGACCCCUUUGACCAGCAGGUUCAGCACAUCUUCAUAGAUGACAACAUACGACAAAAUGACGAGGAUACUAUCGUUCACCCCAAGGUUUUCUUGGACCCAGGUGGCAAUGAGACUCGUAUAGCCUGCACCUCUGAGCUGUACGACAUCACCUUGGUCCAGAACGACCUCCUCCGGGCCAUCUCUGACCCCAACUACUUCACUCAGCGUGUCCACAUCUGCCUGGAAAAUUAUGAGAGGAAUCUCCAGCAGGGGGCAGGCUAGAACACACUGUGUCUAUGUGACAAACUCCAGUUUUGGGAACAGUAAACCCAAAUACUACCAUCCCAGCACAGACAGAGGAUGGAGGCACAGUAGACUGUAGGUAGGAUUAUUUAACAAAAAGGUUGAAGACUUAUUGAAUGACUCGAGUUCAUCCAAACACAAAUGUAGGAGGUUUACAUCUGGAGGAAGGUUACAUUAAUAAGUGUGUUGAUGAGGAGGGAUUACUGUUAUUAUCUUAAGAUCAAAUCUUCUGGAAAAUUUCCAGAAAGACAGAAUAAAUGCACUUCAGUGAUCACUUAAAAGUGUGGCAGCUAGAUAACUAGGACACACAUACUUGUACUCCAGGACAACAGUAAAAUGAUGUCAGCUCAGAAAAAUAGCACUUCACAAUUAGACCGUACAGUCUGCUGUCCUGAGGUGAACCAUCACAAAAAGAGUUGUUGACUUAAUUAAGCACUACCGUGGCCAGGUCAGACUCUUUGAUUGCAGAAAAGGCUCUGACUAAUCACGCCACAGGAUAAUUGCCCUGACUCUGUGAAAUUUGUGUCAGACGGCAUAAUUGGGGUCAGAUGUGGUAAAAAGUGUUGUGUUAGUUGUCUAGAGAGUGAAAUCCACUGGGGAUUUACUUCAGCUCCUUAUUUGUCAUACUCAGGUUGUUACACUCUCCCUUUUAUUUUAACUCUGUCUGCAUUGUUUACAUCCACUCAGAACUGAAAAGUAAUACUUGAUUAUUUCCAGAUGACUGAAAAGGCAUCUCAUUACUGAGUAAUUUAAGGGUGAUACUUCAUAAGCACAUUAUAAAUGCUUUGUAGUCAGAUAAAUCAAACUCGUAGCUUGUCUGGUCUGGUAUGAAGACAUGGCUACCAAGAAUCACAAAACACACCAGGUUAGGUUUGUUACAAUACAUACAUACAUACAUUAAACAAAGUAAUAUCUUCUGGAAGCCACUGAUGCAUAAUUAGAUUGAGUUUGGGAUUUGUUUGUACUGAAUUAUUUACUGCAGUUUUUAUUAUUUGAAAGCACCCUUGUGUGAAACAUUUAGUAAGUUGAAUGUGUUUGGAAUAUAUGGUCAUUUUUGCUUGGAGGGUUUUAGGAUGUAUUUAUUGUUUAGAUUCCGGGGUGGUUUUUAAUUGCUUUAUUUUUCUCAGGUCAGUUUUAUAGAGACAGCUGAAUGCAAACUACCAAUAAUCUAAAGAAAGAUAAUCAAAUGCAGGUUUCUGAAUACCACUGAAAACAGUGGAGUGACGAUAGCAGUGUUAGUCUUUCGGUAUAUCCGAGCAAGGAUCUCCUUGAAGACGACUGAGUGCAUGUCAGAAAUACAAAGCCGAAGCUGCGAUGGAAAGCUUUGCUGGUGGUGGCAACAUUACAGUCUUUUAACAUUGUUUUGGCUCAGUUUUCGCAACUCAGUUUCAAUUUGCAAAAGUCUUAACACAAUAAACUCUUCCUCAAAAUCUCACAUAAGACACAAAAUUAAAAUGUCUACUGAAUUAGCAGCAAGUUUAUCAGAGCAUCACAUUGUGUAUGUUUGCCACAGAAUUUAAAUAAUUGUUGCAUUUUAAAAUCAAAUGGCCAUUAAUCAGGUAAUGCUGUCAAACAGUAUCUACAUUAAUUCUGCGGAAAUCAUUCUUCCAAGAUAAUACAUACAAUAGUAGAAAAAUGUGCAGUUUUGCAGAAGGCUAACUGCAAAAUAAUGACCUCACUGUAUCAGCCUUUUACUGCUCUGUAUUCACCGCAAAUUUUAUUACUUAUUAUUCAAGACACCAAAUCUGAAGAUAUUUUGAUUACUCUGAAGUCUGAUAAUCUAAAAUACCGUACACUACAGUAAUACUGUAUUUCUAAAAAGCAGGAAAAAAUGCAAACACACGUCUUAUUCUGUGGUAAGGUAAAGCCUAAUGUAGCUCUUUGCAUUAAGACCGAAGACCGAAACCGAAGCUCUAACAUGAAAACGUAGCAGUUAUGAAAUACUGUAAUGUUGUGCAUUGAAGUCACAUCUAAACCACAUAGUUUUCAUCAAUUCUAAUGCUGUCGUAACUUUGAAUGCACAUCCCAUCAAAAGUUGAAAUGUUUCAUUUAUUUAUUUCUCUGAUGUCAAACAUUGCCAUCCACUGUUAAAUAAACCUUUUAAGUUUUUUGUUAA